AUGUCUGCUGCGGCACCGGCUCGAGGAUUAGCUAUCUACGGCGGUAGCGUUUUUUUGGUUUAUUUGGAAACCCAUGGCCUCUACUCGAAUUCUCCAUUCCUGGGAUCGCUUCCAUACCUAGUUCUAACAGCGCUCACGUUAUUUACGAAUAUACGAGAAAGAGUGAAAUUUCCAACGGCCGCUUCAUUCUUGUUCUUAGCCCUCGGAAAUUACCUGUUCGAAGCCCACCUACUCUUCGGUAUCGCAGCUCUAUUUGCGGCGUUCUCCCAUGUUUUAUACAUGGUUGCGUUGCUGCCGCAUCUCCGUGAAUGGUCGGCUCCUUUCCUUUUACUUGCCGCGGUGACCUUUUUCGCCGCUUUCGCGCUGAUCUUCUCAGACGUUUUCAUAUCAAUUCCAUUCUUAGUACUGCUUUUGUCGUCUUCCCUGCUGUCUUCCGUGCUUCUUGUGGCGAUGGCGGGCUCAUUUGUGCAAUUCGGAGGCUGCGGAGAGAUGGAUGAUUCAGUAGCAAUGCAUUCGCUCCGGCUCGUCGGAACAGUGUCUUGUUUCUUGUCGAUGAUCUGUUAUAUUUACGACCUGUUUGGAAGGCGUGAUCCUAUGUUGAUAGUGCUAAAAAAGCUUUUUAUAUCGCGCAAACAUGCUGAAAAGUCGAUGGAAAAUCUUUCCAGGGCGAAUCCGGGUAUGAACAACGCUGAGUGUCCCAAAUUGUUAUUGCAGCGUACUUUUCACUCUGUCAGCGCCAUCCGUCGAAAAUUUAUCGACUUUUUCGAGGAGAAAGAUCAUCUCCAUGUCCCAUCAAGUUCCGUUUUGCCCAAUGACGAUGACUCGACAUUGCUUUUCACGAAUUCCGGCAUGAAUCAGUUCAAGUCCAUUCUCCUUGGCAACGAUAAGCAUCAGCUGAAAUAUGUCAACUACCAAAAGUGCAUACGCGUGGGAGGGAAGCACAAUGACUUAGAAGUGGUAGGCCAUGAUGUACAUCACCAAACCUUUUUUGAAAUGCUUGGAAAUUGGUCUUUCAAUGGGAGUUACGGCAAGCGAGAAGCCUGCACAUAUGCUUGGGAGCUGCUGACCGAACGUCUGGCCCUUGAUUCGACUCGAUUGUACGUGACGUAUUUCGGUGGAUCAAAAGAAUGGGGAUUGGGGCCGGAUGAAGAUUGUCGCCAAGUAUGGCUGGAUAUAGGGAUUCCCAAUGAUCGAAUCAUCCCUUUCACCUCUGAAAAUUUUUGGGAAAUGGGAAAAGUCGGUCCAUGCGGGCCGUGCACUGAAAUUCACUACGACCGGAUUGGCGGGCGGCAAGCUGCUGAACUGGUCAAUCGCAACAAUUCGGUGGUCGAGUUAUGGAAUAUUGUUUUUAUGAGCUAUAGCCGGGAAUCCGACGGCAGCCUGAGAGCCCUACCGGCUUUCCAUAUCGACACCGGGAUGGGCUUGGAAAGGUUGGCGUCGGCUGUUCAAGGUGUGCCCAGCAAUUACGAGACCGACAUUUUCGAGCCGAUCUUGAUAGCAAUCAGCAAGCUUGCAAACAUCACGCCCUAUAGGCAAGCCGUGGAACGUGACCCACAGAAGGCGCAGUCCUACCGUAUUGUGGCCGAUCAUCUCCGUGCCAUUUCAAUAGCCAUCGCCGAUGGGGCGAACCCCGAUACGGCAGAAGCCGGGCGUCUCGUCCGACUCCUAAUCAGACGCGCCAUGCUAAGCGGCGGUAGGCUGGGAAUGCCUCGAGGAGCACUGGAAUCGGUGAUCCCAGUUGUCGUUUCGACGCUGGAAGAUGCUUAUCCUGACCUGGCUUCACAUGCCAACUGGAUUCAGGGUAUUUUGUCUAAAGAAGAAUCCUGGUACUGGAAAGUCGUUGACGGCGGCCGUGAGAAAUUCGAAAAAGGCAAAGCACUACUGCCGCCUGGGGCAAGCCUGAUACCCGGCGAAUUGUUAUUUAAACUGAACUCACAAGGUGUCCCAAUUUCUCUGUGCCGCGAUCUCGCCACAGAAUCGAACUUGACGCUCGACAUGAAAGGGUACCAAAAGUUGUUGGAUGAAAAACGAGCAGCUGGCCGCGAUAUUCGAUUUGUAAAUCAAUUCGACGUGUCUCGGAAAGAGUUCCCAGAACAUUCGGACGAGGCUAAAUAUCGAUUAGACGUGAAGGAGACAGCAAAAAUCCUGGCUCUCUAUGACCGUAAUGGUAGACGCGCAGAUCGGCUAGAGAAUGGUGGGCAUAUUGUGUUGGAUCACUGUCAAUUCUAUGCGAAAGAAGGCGGACAGUCCAGCGAUCUAGGUUUUUUGGAGUUGAACGGCGAGCGGGUCAAAGUUGUUGACGUGAUCAAGAACAAUGGCAUUGUUUUGUUGGAAGUAGAGGGUGGCCAGCUGAACGUUGGCGAAUCGGUUGUGCAGGCAGUUGAUAUGAAAAGACGCGAGGCCCUGAUGCGUGCCCAUACGACUACACAUUUGUUGAAUUGGGCUUUGCGGAAGUAUGGCGUCGGCGAGGGACAGGCCGGCAGCUCUGUAUAUCCGGAUCGCGUCAGUUUCGAGUACGUUGCUGGAGAAAACGCAGGGGAACGAGAUGAGGUGCAACAAGUGCUAGAUUUGGUCUCAGAUGUCGUCACGCGAGACUAUCAAGUACAGAUCCGUAAUGUGCCGCUAGCAGAAGCCAAACGGUUGGAGGGCCUGCAGAGUGAAUUUCGGAAAGGCAAAGAAUACCCGCCAACAAUUCGAGUGGUUAGCAUCAGUGGCGCAGGCGAGCUACCUUUUGCCAUGGAGACAUGUUGCGGCACCCAUGUUCGGCGGACGGCGGAAAUUGGCGAGUUGGCCCUGAUUCGCGAUUAUUCGAGGUCGAAGGGUCUGCGCAAAAUCAUCGUCGUUAUGGGAGAAGAGUUGCAAGAGGCCAGAAAACGCGCCGUUAGGGCUCAAACUGAGCUGGAAAACCUGUUGUCGGUCCGGACGACGCGAAAGGAAAUUGCUGCUUUUUCCAAGAAACUGCAAACCUUGGACAUCCCGCUCAACGACUACUUGGCCAUCCGCGCCCAGCUGAAAAAGUUGACCGGCGGAAAGACGUAUAUUGCAGCGAAU